AUGAAUCGAUUGGCUAUUGUUGCGAGAAGAUGUUUUUCUGCGAAAGCUGCAGCGUGAGUUAUUUUCAUUUGGAAAUUAUUUUUUAAAGUUGCUUUUUUAGAAAACAAACAUGCCUCAUUGAUGUUCAUAAAAAAUACGGAGGAAAACUAGUCGAAUUUGCCGGGUAUGAAAUGCCAACACAAUAUACUGAUCUUUCAAUCAAAGAUUCAUCAAUUCAUACAAGAAAACAUGUCAGUAUUUUUGAUGUUUCUCAUAUGUUACAAACACAUAUCACUGGAACUGAUAGAGUUGCUUUUAUCGAAAGUUUGACAACAGCAGAUGUUCAAGGAUUAGGUGAAAAUUCUGGAGUUUUAUCUGUAUUUACAAACGAAAAAGGAGGAAUCAAAGAUGAUCUGAUUAUCAUGAAAACUGACAAAGAUUUUCUAUUUCUUGUCACAAAUGCUGGAUGUAUUGAGAAAGAUUUGCCAUAUUUGCUGGUUAGUUUGAAAAACUGAACCGUUGAUAGCUUAUCAGUUUAUUUUGUCAUUUUCGAUUUUAUUUAUUUUUUGGUAAAAAAAUUGUUCAGGAAAACGCAGCAAAAUGGAGAGCAAACGGAAAAGAUGUUCAAAUUCAAACAUUAGACAAUCGCGGACUUGUUGCUCUUCAAGGCCCAGAAAUGGCAAAAGUUUUACAAGCCGAAACAGAUAUUGAUUUAUCGAAACUCUCUUUCAUGCAUACUCAAAUCGGAAAAGUUUUUGGUAUUGAAAAUUGUCGUGUAACACGUUGUGGAUAUACUGGAGAAGAUGGAGUUGAAAUAUCUGUUGAUCCAAAAAGAGCAUCUGAUUUGGUUGAAAGAUUAUUGGAGUCAAAGGUUUUUUUUUAUUUUUAAGAAUAGUUUUUUUUGAAUUCGAUAUAUUUUUUUCAGAAUGGAAAUGUGAAAUUGGCCGGUUUGGGAGCUCGUGAUGCGCUUCGCCUUGAAGCUGGUCUUUGUCUUUAUGGAAAUGACAUUGAUGAAAAUACAACUCCAAUCGAAGCAAAUCUCGCUUUUGUUGUCGGUAUGAAUUAAUAUUCUCUCAACCUUGUCUGAAAAUUUAAUUCAAUUGUUUCAGCCAAAAGACGUCGUGAAACCUUGGAUUUCCCAGGCGCCGAAAAAAUCGUGAAGCAAUUGAAAGAAAAAAGUUGGCCAAAAAGAAGAGUUGGACUAAUUUCGGGUUCUGGAAGAUCUCCAAGAUGUGAGUUAUAUUUUAAAAAAAUAAGGUUUCAAAAUUUCAAAAUCGGGAAAUCAAAAAUUUCAGCACAUUUGCCAUUGAUUGAUCCACUUGAUAAAUGUUCAAUCGGAUUCGUUACAUCUGGAUGUCCAUCACCAACUCUCAACAAAAAUAUUGCGAUCGCUUAUGUCGAUAAAUCACAUUCCAAAAUCGGAACCAAAUUUGUUGUUGAUUUCGGUGCCAAACAACAACAAGUCGAAGUUGUUAAAAUGCCAUUUGUUCCAACAAAUUAUUUCACGCAAAAGUGA